GCUUCGUCAAAUCGUCAGUCGACUUCGGGCCUUCAGUCUGACAAGGCACGCCCCCCGUCCUACAGCAUCGCCGUCGACGCACAAGCCAACGCUCAUCCCGCCAUGAGCUCCUGAGCAUCGUCAUCAUCCCCAUCAUUCCUUAAUCCUGACAUAGUUGGAAUCGCGCGCAAUUGUGUCGCCGACACGCGCCGCCCACGAUGCUCUCGCGACUGGCCCUCGCCCCGCGGCUGGCCACGGCGGCAGCCCGUCUCUCGCGGCCGGCCGUCUCGCCUAUUGUGCGCGCACGUGCUGCAGCGCCUCUCUUGCCGUGGGCGAGGUCCUUUGCGGAUAAGCCCAAGCAAAGCGGCAAGCAGCCGUCCUCGUCGAAGCCCACUCCCCCCGACUCGGCGGCCGAGAGCUCGGGCGAUGCCGCGCCCAAGGAAGCACAACCCAAGGACGAGCCCGAGCAAAUACCCUUCGACAAACUGCCCGACCUGACGCAGGGCAUUCCGUCUACCCUCGAUCAGGAGAUGUCGAGCCGUCGUGGGCGCGCGGACUCGGCUCUCGAGGCCGUCGAGCCGGAGGCCGAGGGGCGGGGCGGUCGCGGAGGGCGUCGUGAUGAGUACGUGUCGACGAGCGAGCGCAAUCGCCGCUGGUGGACACGCUUCCUCCUGGCAACAACCGCGGCCGGCGGCGCCCUCAGCCUAGUCUACAUGGGCCGCGACUGGGACGACGUCAUCGAGGCCCAGCGACACCCCGACAUCCCCAAUGGCUGGGGCAUCUCCCUGUGGUGGCAGCGCGUCCGGGCUCGCAUGGGCGAGUCUGUCUCCUACUACCAGGACCCGGCGUUUGACAAGCUGCUGCCCGACCCGGACCCGAGCUUCGAGCGCCCCUACACGCUGUGCCUGAGCCUCGACGACCUGCUCGUCCACAGCGAAUGGUCGCGCGAGCACGGCUGGCGCGUCGCCAAGCGCCCCGGCAUGGACUACUUUGUGCGCUAUCUGAGCCAGUACUAUGAGCUCGUUCUCUUUACCACGGUACCUUUUGCCAUGGGCGAACCCAUUGUCCGCAAGCUUGACCCCUUCCGCUUCAUCAUGUGGCCCCUUUACCGCGAGGCCACCAAGUAUGAGGACGGCGAGAUUGUCAAGGACCUCUCCUACCUCAACCGCGACCUUUCCAAGGUCAUCAUCAUCGACACCAAGGCCUCGCACGUCCGCAAGCAACCCGAAAACGCCAUCAUCCUCGACCCAUGGAAGGGCGAGGCCAAGGACCAGGACCUCGUGGGCCUGAUCCCCUUCCUCGAGUACAUCCAUACGAUGCAGUACUCGGACGUGCGCAAGGUGCUCAAGUCAUUCGAGGGCAAGCACAUCCCGACCGAGUUUGCGAGGCGCGAGGCGAUUGCGCGCAAGGAGUUCAACAAGCAGCUCGAGGCGCAAAAAUCGAAGCACUCGAAGCCGUCGGGCAUGGGCGCGCUGGGCAACCUCCUGGGCCUCAAGCCCAGCAACAUGAGCAUGACGAUGGCGGCCGAGGGCGAGCAGAACCCCACGGAGGCGUUUGCGCAGGGCAAGAUGCUGCAGGACCUGGCGCGCGAGCGGGGCCAGCGCAACUACGAGCUGCUGGAAAAGGAGAUUCGCGAGAACGGCGAGAAGUGGCUCAAGGAGGAGCAGCAGGCCAUGGAGAAGGCGCAGCAAGAGGCCAUGAACAGCAUGAUGGGCUCCUUUUCCGGGUGGUUCGGGCCCAAGCCCGAGGCCGGCGCCGGCGGCGACAAGAAGGCCUAGGCGGCGCGUAUGCCUUUCUUCUCUCCACUAAUCACGUUGUACUUGUAGCAAAAGAAGAACCCGAGCGGCUGGAGGUUUGCCCUCCGACGAUGCGGAGUCAGAAGCCAGGCCAAGCCGCGGAAAAAAAGGUGGGAUGGGCACAUAGAAUUGCAUUGCUGCGGGCUGGUGGGCAUCACCAAACAGCCCCCUGCACGGACGGGGCAUUGUCGAAUAUUUUUGUAUACUAGGGGUAAGGUACGACUGAAUGAAGGCAUCUAUCCAGUUUGUGGACGAGGAUGCGUCUGCUUUGUUCUGCGGGGCCUCGACGGGUUCGGCAUGGUAGAGUUGGGGUUCGCGACGCCAUGCGCCAUCACAAUGUCGAAUCGAUGCGUUUCUCGCCGCGCUCUGUCCAGGGUAUCAACAGCAUUACUCCCUCGGCUCAGUCCGUCGAGCACUUCCAUACUCAAAAGCUCUCCUUGCUUCCAAUCGUUGCUCGCUAUGCAGUCUCGUCAUCCUUGUCUCCCC